UAGAAAUUCUAUAGCAUUCUUCUGAACAUUAUAUUUAUAAUUCAUGGAAAUACUCUAGUCUUUUCACCUGUUUUUUGCUGAUCGGCGAGGGUUCUACUGCUUUCCACUCCUGGGCCCCUCGCCCUUUUUAAAGUACGUUAUCCCCGAUAUUUCGUAGAAAUUUUUAUUUUCAUUCAAAACGUGACAGAAGAAACCCUUUUCAGUUUUUUCUGGCUCGAUAACAACAUCAUUUUUGUCACAACCAUUCAUUGUCACGUCAUCGUCGCUGUCCUGAACUUCUCCCAACUUUUCAGACGCGGUUUUUUGUGAAAAGCACUGUUCAAGCGCCAGCCAUGGCUUCAUAAAGCACUUAUAGAUCCUUUCUGUGAAUUUAAACCUGAAAAUCGUGAUCCUGGUGGUUAAGUGAUGCAGUUAUAUAUGGGCACUUUCAUCACGCAGUACGUCAGGAGGACCUGCUGCUCCGCUGCUCGUGAUGUUAACUUAGGGUGACGGUGUGAGAGGGACACGAUUGUUCCCCCGUCAGGUCCACCUGCGCGCGCUCCACCUGCGCGCGCUUGCAUCUGUUCGCGCCAUCCGUUUAUAAGGACGAUCCGCCUGCUGCUGUUUCCACAGAACACAACCGUUUGUCGGCGGCCGGAUUGCAAUUCCCUCUCUUCGUUUUCUUUUAUUUUUCGGUGGGACUCGUUGGUUGGUUUUUAACAAUACAGCUGAACUACGCACAAUGGCACAGAAAUUUCAGCGGAUUGUACUCUACUUAGUGAUGCUUCUCUGCGCUCUAAAUUCAAAAAAGACCUUCAUCAGUGCUACAGCUACAACAGCAGAACAUACAAGUUCUUUAGGGAAUUCUGCCAACACCACUACCACUCAAAAAUAUUCUUCUGAGAUCACCACAUCAGUUCAUACUACUGACAGUUCUACUCAGAGCACCUCUCAUUCCACGUCGAUUUAUACUACUGACAAUUCUACUCAGAGCACCGCUCAUUCCAUGUCGAUUUAUACUACUGACAGUUCUACCGAGAGCACCAUUCAUCAUCCAACUGAUAAUACCACAGGUAGCUAUAAUGAAAGCACUACUCAUUCCUCACUGGUUAGUUAUUCAGACAUUUCUACGACUAGCAGAGCUCAUUCUCCAGUGGUCAAUACUGCAGACACUUCUAGUGAAAGCACCACUCAUCCUCCACCUGUUAAUACCUCAGAUACUUCUACAGAAUCCACUAUGCCGUUGAUUAGCACUACAGGCAAUUCUAGAGAAAUCACUUAUCAGGCCACAUCAGAUAGUACUAAAAGUAAUUUAAGUCAAAAUACUUCUAGUCCUUCGCUUGGUAAUCAUACAGCAGAUGAUGUAAAUGUAACCAGCAGUCCUCCAUUAAGGCAUACAACCACUAAACCCAUACAUCUGACAGUUAGUAUUCCAUCAUCUAGCAAUACUCAGCAGCCUGGGAAUGUGGAAACUCAUUCUCCAUCACAUAGUACAAAUUUAGCUUCAAAAAAUACCUCUGAGUAUCCUGUGCCAGGAGCCAAUAGUAAGCCUAGUGACAUUACAACAAACAAAGCAGAUAGUUCCAACACUCAAACACAAGGGACAGCAAACAGUUUGGGAACACACACAGAAUCCAGUGUACCUCUUGCCUAUAGUGAUCAAGUCCCAGGCUGGGCCAUAGCUCUACUGGUGCUAGUCUGCUUCAUGGUGCUGCUCCUCCUUAUUCUCUGCAUCGUGCUGCUGGUGUGCUGGUGUAAAAGGUGGAGAAACUAUGGCUUCCUGGAUAUGUCUGGAGACCCCAUUCCAUAUGGCCAUUUUAAUCAUGGGGACAAUAUUCCCAUGUACUCUACUCACAGCCGCUUUGAGGCACCCAACGGCAAACCCUACGACGACUUGGAGUCCUCAAGCAAAAACCGAACUGGAAUGUAUGUAGUGAAUAACUGAGAAUUAUGCUGGCAUGAUUAGGAUCACGCCCCGGUGAAGAGCUCAGCAUGAAGACUGGAGAGGAGCUCUACCACACUCAUACACCACAUGCAUGCUCAGCAGCACAGAAAGUCUCACAACAACCACUGAAGGUCACUUUUCCUUCACAUGCUCAUUUUUCUAUUUAUCCUCACAUUUUUUGAGAUGUUACGCAGUAGUGUACAGUCAGUGAAUGCUGCUCUGUAAUGCAUGUUAGUCG